AGGUCUGGCGUGUUCUGACAGGCCACAGUGAGCAUCUAUAGACCAGAGGCUUAAGGAAGGAGGAACAGAAAAAUGACCUGGAUUUCUGGAGGCCUGCUUUAAGUCUGAUCAGUUCUGCGAGGAAGAAAAUAGGGAUCGAGGAGACUGUCUCAAGAUCUCUGGAGACCUGCUUAAAGUCUGGUCAGCUCUGUUAGAAAGAGAACAGUCAUCGAGGAGACUGUCUCGGAUCUCUGGAGGUUGAUCUGCUUAAAGUCUGGUCAGCUCUGCAAGAAAGAGAAAAGCAUUGAAGAGAGCGUCUCAAGAUCUCUGGAGGUUGAUCUGCUUAAAGUCUGGUCAGCUCUGUUAGAAAGAGAACAGUCAUCAAGGAGACUGUCUCGGAUCUCUGGAGGACUCCUUGCCGUCAGCUGUUGAUCUUAACACCACCUGGACAUAGAAGAGAGGAGGGAAUUGCACCACAUCGGUGAAGAUCACCUACAGUGGCUGCUUGGCGAUUCUGUGCUUGCUGCUGACCAGUGCAUUCAACAGGUCUGCGCCCACCUUAGGACCUGUCCAUCUUCCUCCGGCUUGGUUUCGCCUCUUCUGCACUGUAUCUGUGUUAUUGACUGAGAUUGUUCUUGGGUAGGAAUCUUAUUGGUGCCAGAUUGGUGGUUUACCUCUGCUACUCACUAUAUCUCUUGGAUCAUCAAAAGAUCAGAGUGCGAAGAAGAUACAAUAUUGUGACAAAUCUCUUGUUGAGACUGAAGCUUUGGUAGGCAUCCUUAGUUGAGCCUUCACUCUAAUUUGUACCAUGACUGGGGCAGAAGUUGAAACUGGUUCUCAGGCCAAACCUGAUAAGAAGCCUCAGGAAGAGGUUAUGGGUGGGGCCAGUGGAGAAAGUGAAGUCCCUAUGGUGGUCAGACCCAAAGUCAGGCCCCAGGCUCCAGCCACAAGUGGGGCAAAGCGUAAAACUGGGAGUAAAUCUUCAUCUCGGGGAAGGCCUAAAUCUGAAACCCAGUCAGUGUCUGGAACAAGGCCUAAAAAUAAUGGCCAGGCAAUGGCUAGAGCAAGGCCUAGAUCUGAGGCCCAGGUAAUGCCUGGUGCCAGGCCCAAAACCGAUGCCAGGGCAGUAGGUGGUGCUCGCCCUAAGACUGAGGCCAAGCCAAUCCCCAGAGCACGGCCUAAGGAUGAUGCCCAGGCGUGGGCCCAGAGUGACUUUGGGGCUGAGGCAAUGUCACAGGCUGAGAGAUCACCCUUACCUAAUGCUGUCACGUGGCCCCUGGUCAGUGCUGCGUCUACAUCAGUUCCUAAAUCCAAGAGUCUAUCUAUGGAUAGAGAACUGGUCAGUAUGAAUGAGGAAACCUUUCCUGGGGCCCAGGGUCAGGCUGGACUCCAGCCCUGGUUUAGACCUGGAGAGGAGACUAAUACAGGUUUUUGGUGUUAUCCCAGGCCUAGAGUGAGGGAGGAGACCUCUAAUGAGUCUGGGUUUUGGUCAGCAGAUGAAAAUUCUACAAUGUCUUCUAUCUGGACUGGAGAGGAGACCAGUAUCAGAUCAUGGCCAAGGGAGGAGGCAAAUACUAGGUCCAGGCACAGGGCUAAACAUCAGACUAAUGACACUUCCGGGCCCCGAUCCAAACAAGAUUCUUGCUCUGGGUCUGAGGAUGAGGCAGGCAACUCAUUCUGCCUUUGGACUGGAGAAAAUACCAAUGACUUGUUUAGGCCCAGAGCCAGCGAAGAGGCAAAUGUGCGACCUAAGGUCAGGGCAAAGAGAGAGAACUGUUUUGAAUCGGAAUCUGAAGAUGAGUUUUACAAAGAGUCGUGGUUUUUGCCUGGGGAAGAAGCUAGUAGGUUCAGGCGCAGAGACAAGGCAGAGUCUAAUAACAUCUUGAAAAACAGUAACCAAAAUGAUGUUAAAACCAGUGACAGGGUCAAACAAGAAUCCAGCUUUGAGGAGGAAGUCAUUAUUGGAUCCUGGUUCUGGGCAGAACAAGAGACUAGUUUAGAGGCUGGAGCUUCAGCAAUCUGUGAAUCUGAACCAGGGGCUGAAGAGGGAGCCAUUGGUGGAGCUUUGUUUUGGAAUGAAGAAAAGCCCAAUUUGGGGGCUGUGGCCAGAGAUGAGGUCAGGCCUGAGUCUGAAGAAGAGGCCAUAUUUGGGUCCUGGUUCUGGGAUAGAGAUGAGGCCUGCUUUGACCUAAAUCCUAACCCUGUGUACAGGGAUAAGAGCAGGUUCAGAGAUGCAACUGAAGACAUUGAUGAAUCGUCCAGGCCCAAAACCUGGGAUGAGGUUACUUUUGAAUUCAAACCUGUUCUUUACUGUGGGCUUGGCUUUCCUUUUGAAUUCCCCUUUAGAAUAUUUGAAGGGGAUUCUGAAGAUACUGAGGCAAAAGCCAAGGAUGAGGAACCUGGUGCAGAAGGGGAAGAGCAGGAAUCUGGCCUUCCGCCUGAUCUGCCUGAACCUGAGUUCCCAUUUCAGUAUGAUCCCAAUUACCGAUCAGUCCAGGAGAUUCGAGAGCACCUUAAGGCCAAGGAAAGUGCAGACCCUGAGAAUUGGUCUUGCAGCUGCAUACAGUGCGAGCUUAAAAUUGGCUCUGCAGAGUUCGAGGAGCUCCUUUUGCUAAUGGAUAAAAUUCGUGAUCCUUUUAUCCAUGAAAUCUCUAAAAUUGCAAUGGGUAUGAGAACUGCUUCUCAGUUUACCCGCGAUUUCAUUCGAGAUUCUGGUGUUGUCUCACUGAUUGAAACCCUGAUGAAUUAUCCUUCCUCCCGAGAUAGGACUAAUUUUUUGGAAAAUAUGAUCCACACGGCUCCACCUUAUCCAAAUCUAAACAUGAUUGAGACCUUUAUAUGCCAAGUGUGUGAGGAAACCCUUGCAUAUGAUUUGGAUUCCCCUGAGCAGCUCACUGGAAUGAGGAUGCUUAGACACCUCACUAUAACUACUGAUUAUCACACACUGAUUGCCAAUUACAUGUCUGGGUUUCUCAACUUAUUAAGCACAGGCAAUGAAAGAACAAAGUUUCAUGUUCUACAAAUGCUGUUGAACUUGUCUAACAAUCCUAUGGUGGCAAAAAAACUAUUCAGUGCCAAUGCUCUGUCCAUAUUUGUGGGUCUCUUUAACGUAGAGGAAACGAAUGAUAACAUUCAGAUUAUUAUCAAAAUGUUUCAGAAUAUCAGUAGUAUUGUAAAAAGUGGAGCAAUGUCUUUAAUUGAUGAAGAUUUCUGUCUUGAACCACUUGUUUCUGCAUUCCACGAGUUUGAAGAGCUAGCUAAACGGCUGCAAAUCCAAAUAGACGAUGAGGAUGACCCCGAGGAGGGACAGUAAAUUCAUUGUGUUUAACCACCUGCCACUGCUCAGCCUUAUGUUCCCAAAGAGCCCCAAAUAGUGCUUUGGUGUUCACAGUCUGGUUCUGUGCUGUAACUUAGAUUUUUAAUGCUAUUGUGAACUUGUCAAACUCUUGUGAGCUGGAUCAUUUAUGGAUGCCAAAAUAUAUCAGAACCGAAAACAUAUUUGUUGAUAUUUGUCUUACUGUUCAGAUUGUGAUAUUUUUUAGAGUUGAGCUCCCAGUGAACCAAGUCAUAUGAGUAAGCUAUCCUGCUCUUUGUUGUUUAAACAUGUGGUUCUCUACUUGAGUCUGUGCUUUCAAUAAAGUUCGAUGUUGAAAUUGGCAUAAAUGACCCUUCUUCACUUUAAAAAGCAGGUGCAGAUCUAUUAUACGCAUUCAAAAUAUAGAUGAUUAGUAUUAGAACAAGCACAUGCUUACUAGAAAAUCCUAUUUUAGGAAGGGAGAUUACUGUGAACUUUGGUACUCAAAAAAUGCUUCCAAGAAGUGGGACCUAGAUAGUCCCUGAACAGUAAGCAUCUUGGAAAUGAGCCAUAGUGAUGUGAAGCAAAGUGUGUGUUGGGAAAAUAUGUUCCAAUAACAUGAGUGAAAUAAUUGAGAGGAGCGUAGAAAGUACAUACAGGUGGGAAAUUAGGCAAGGUAAGUGUUGAGGAACUGCAUAAACCAAACUGAAAUUAACAAUUCGAAGUUUAGAUUUUGCUUCAAUAGUACCUAAAGGGUGAAUGAAAAAGACUCAAAUUCAGUGGUUCUCAAUCUGUGGGUUGCGACUCCUUCGACAAACCUCUGUAGCCAAAACAUACUUAGAAUUCAUAACAAUAGCAAAAUUAUAGUUGUGAAGUAGUAACUGUGGUUAGAGAUCACCAGAACAUGAGGAAGUGUAUUAAAGGGUCACAGCAUUAGGAAGGUUGAGAACCACUGUGUCUAAUUAAAUGGGCUCAGAAGUAAUAUUUCUUGUAUGAUGAUAGUUCAAGGAAAGUACUAACUAUUGAAAUAACUAUGUAUGGAUUGAUUUAUUGACAUGAAACAACAUUAGUAAUUCUAUAUAUAGCAAACUAGAGAAGAAUUUGGCAUUGUAUUUGAAAAACUGUGUUUAAAAUGUAUGUAUAAAUAAAACGGCUGAGCUCAUUGUGACUAAAGCAGCUUCAUAUAGCCCUUAUCUGGAUUAAAAUAUGCAAAGCUAAAUUCUUAGAGACAGGCAUUUAAGAAACACAAAAUUUAGCAAAACAUACGAAAGUUAAUAUGUUCCCAUCCAGUGAAUCUAGUUGUAGAUGGGCAUGCUGGGAAAAGGGUAUCUUUGUAUAAAUGAUUAACCUAAAAUGUUAAGAAAAAGUUUAGCGAUAAAGUGAUUUAGAAAAGCUGUAAAUGAAUGAGACUUCAGAACCAAGAUUACUAAGUUUGUAUUGGGCUGUUGAUGCUACAAUAA